AUGACAACCCAGAAACGUGUCCCGGUUUUGAUUGAAUUGGUCUUGGGUACAUAUCUCGAUUAUUCGGACUGCUGAUCAACUGUCUAAUUAUGGAUUGCAGGAACAUACUUAAAAUUUGCUCUUCUGAUUAGGAGACAUAGGGAAUGCAAGUAAUAUUUAUGAUAUUAGCAAUAAUUAAAUAGAGCGCCUUCUCGACCCAAGUUCCUGAUUCGACAAAAUUCGGUGGAAGUUUCGCCAAUCGUCAAGGCAGCACUAGGAUUGUUUCAUAUUAUGUGACCCCCAACAACCCAUCAUUCCUAGAAAAUUCUAGACUUUUCCUGUUUUAAAGGUGUGGCACCAGAAACACUGAAAGGAAAAAGUGUCCUAUAACCGGCCCAGUUAGGAAAAGAAAAUGUCCUUUUUCCUGAAUAUCAUCAACUUCGAAAUCAAGAUUAACGGUACUGGUACCGAUCCAGAAUUCACAGAAUGUCAUCUCUACUUUUUAGCGGUCUCCGAAGCAAACCACUAGCUACAGGCCUACCUCCACGACACAAAAUCAUUGUUGCCAUAGAUUAUGGAACCACAUAUUCCGGUAUGCAUCAUGGCCACAAUCCCUCCUUUUCACUGCUCAUGAAUGCCUAGGUGUCAGUUACGGCCCCAGCAACACACAAAACAGUGAUAUCGUCAUGUAUAAACCAUGGUUAUCCCCAUACCAACAAGAAAUUCGAAAAGUACCGACCAGGAUUGCAUACGAAAUGGAGAAUGCCACAAUUCCGACAUGCAGAUGGGGCUUCGAGGUGGAACCAAAGCACAUCUCCUGCUCUUGGACGAAGCUCCUUCUUGACAAGAAUGCUGUCAUGGACGAGGAGAAUGACAUAACAUCCGUGGGAAGCAUCGAUGAAGGAAUGAUGCACUUGCCACCACAUCGCAAUGCCAAUCAGGUCUGUGAGGACUUUCUCCGUAAGAUGUAUGAUGCUUUUGCUGCACAUGCCAAGGAAACUUUAGGGGUGGAUACAUUCAAAAUGACACCAUUAGAUUGCUGGGUUACCUUGCCUGCCAUCUGGUCUGAUGAGGCGAAGGAAGCCACUCUGAAUGCUGCAAAAGAGGCUGGAUUUGCAAAAAAUCCGUUGGAUGAGAUACACACAAUUGCGGAACCAGAAGCCGCAGGUAUUUCAACCCUGAAAGAGCUUGCUGCCCCCGGAACUCUCAAUGCUGUACAGGUGAGCCAUCACAGUAUCCCAAGUGAUUAAGGGCUUGCUGACAUAUGGGCCCAGAGUGGCGAUAACAUCAUGAUCUGUGACUGUGGAGGAGGCACUGUAGACAUUACCACGUACACGAUUACUUCGGUUGUGCCGAAGCUAAAGUUUAAAGAACUUUGCAUUGGAACAGGUUAGUAUCUUCAUUCACUAUGAAGGAUGUUUGGCCAUCAAGGUAGCUUUGGCGCGAGAAAUAGCAUUCGCUGCACGGUGAAGACUUAGCUAACUUAUCGACGUCACAGGCGGAAAGUGUGGCUCAACCUACAUUGACCGUCAACUUCACGCCAUGUUAUCCGAGCGUUUCGGUGAUGCAUUUAAAGCUGUCUCAUAUUCCAGAAAGGGUCCUGGGAGCAAAUUCAUGAACGCUUGGGAGUUGCUCAAGAAAGGCUUCGGCAAUGACAUGGAGAAUCCUAGGAUGUUGGACUUAAGUCCGCUGUACCUCAACUUUCCCAGUUCGCAUUUGUAUGACAACGAUGAACAUGCUAUCUACCUUUCACAGUAAUUUUACUCCAACUUGCAGGUGUGAAAGCCAUCAGUGUCGCAAUAGUUACACUCUGCAUACUCAGGACAUGAGUAAGACUUAGGAUUCGUGGUUGGUCAAUGCUUUCUUCUCGCAAGGUUCUAACAAUCUUCAGGGAAGACAUGCAAUUGUUGUUUGAUCCAAUCGUCAAGAAAAUACUGAAGCUAGUGCUACAACAGACUGAGCAAGCAUACAACCAAAAGAAAGCAAAAAUCCAUGUAAGUAUCGAUCUCAAAAAAUAAAAGUCCCCUCCUGGUUCUGACUUUUGUGAAGCGGAUAGUUUUGGUUGGUGGAUUGGGAAGUUCGAAGUAUCUGUACAAUAAGCUACUGUCGUGGUGUUCUUCAGACGGUAACAACAUUGAACUUUUAUGCCCAAACGAUCCGUGAGUAUCCUCAUACUCUGGUAGCUGGUGUACAUAUGCAUCUAAUCUUUUCCAUAGUGAAACUGCAGUUUUGAGAGGUGCUGCAAUUCGAGCAUUAGAAGAUAUCGCGCCUUCUAUCAAAUAUGCUCGUCGUCAUUAUGGUUUCCACAUUGGUCUUCGCUUCCGGGAAAACAUUGACGACGAAAAAUACGCAUAUAUUGAUGACUACACGAACCAAAAAAUUUGUGCAGGUCGAGUGUUAUGGUGUGUCUCAAAGGUGAGAGACAGCUCACAGUGUAUCUGAUUAUAUUCUAAUACUCCUAGGGCGAUGAGAUAAUUCAGGACUGGUAUCACGCAGAAGAAUGUACGUCCUCGUACAAUCCCGGAGAAGUCGUAAAAUAUACUAUUGGACUCUACGCAUGCGACGGAGACCAUCAGCCUGAUAGAAUAAAUGGUCCAGGUAAGUUUCCGAUUCUUCGUCAGACAUGACACCGAAUACAAUUCCCUGUUCUAAACGGUUAGCAGGGGUUAAGAGGGUCGGUGAAAUAAAUUACGAUUUCGCCUCAGACUUCAACUUUUCUGAGAAUAGCGAGUCAAGAAUCAACCCUCGCCUCAAAAAGAGGGUUCAUCAGUUUCAUUUCCAGGUCAAAAUCAUUUUUGGUGAUAGGGGUGCCAAUCUGCAGUUUAAAGUAGUUGUUGGUGGUAGAACGAUAUCUGACGCCAGGAUCGACUUUCCCGACGUUUGAACUACCAAUGUUGGAAUCUUCGAUAUCGCAUCGAGAUCAUUGGGAAAUGGCAAGGGGCUGCAAGCGAGUGGGAUAUCAAUGUUUUGGACUUGAAUAGGUUUUGCAUAGAAUUUGAGGUCAUAUGAGCACUCGAUCAUGUUUUCAGUUA